ACCUAAAGGAUUUGGUGGGAAAAAAGGAAACACAAGCCCUGCUCUACCACUGAUGCCUGAGGAGACUAAUGAUCUGCAGUUGGACAGAGGAGGAAGAGGUACAGAGGAUUCAGACAAACCUACAGUUGCUUUGUUAUCUCCUGCCCGAUGUUUUACAGACACAGAGAUCCACUCAAAAGACCAGCUCAAUAAAACCAGCAAGACAGAAACACAGAUUAUAUCCAUCUCUUCCUUAGAGGCCAAAGAGCAUCUGAAACCUGUGGUACAUAAAGACCCAGAGAGCAGUGGCUUUGACCGCUGGGCCAGGAGGCGAAAACUUUUCAAGGAGAGCAAACACCGGAGCCCUGCUGGAGGAAGCUCAAUAACCAGUGACAUUACAGAGGAGUCUGUAUCAGAGGACACAAGCUCUAUGGAUGUGACAGUUCAAGACAGUGAAGACAGGGGCUUUUAUACAGAGACUUUCCACUUUUCAGCAUGGAUUUACCAAGGAGACAACGUAGGCUCAGGGGCCAUUCCUCCCAGCCUCAACACCAGAACUCGAGCUGUCUCAAUUCGCGAGAGGACUGUCAAGAUAAGCAAAGGGACAGGAGAAUAUCCUUGGGGCUUUCGAAUACAGUUUUCUAAACCCAUUGUGGUCACAGAGGUUGACACAAAUGGGGCUGCUGAGGAAGCAGGGUUGAUGGUAGGAGACUAUGUCCUAACUGUCAAUGGAACAGAUGUCACCAGCAUUUCUCAUUCUGAGGCUGCCGAUUUAGCCAGGCAAGGACCAGAUGUUCUAACUCUGACCAUUGGGUCAGACAUCGCUCGUGGUCCUAACACCCCGCGACCAGCAUGUCGUGGUUAUCUUUACAAGCGCACCCAGUCUGGUCUGAUCAAAGGCUGGAGGAAGAGGUGGUUUGUACUCACACAUGACUGCUGCCUUUACUACUACAGACACAAACGGGAUGAAGGCAAGAGGCGGGCUAUCUCAGCAGUAAAGCUGGAAGGGGCUGAGGUGGGACAAGAUAUUUCCCUGGGAAAGCAAUUUGUAUUCAAGUGCCACCCUCAGUCUGGUAGUCGAGUGUACUUCUUCUGUGCCACUUCCAGUCAGGAGAUGAAAAGGUGGCUGGAAGCUAUGAAGAAAGCUAUUCAUCCUAUUACACAGAACCACGUGUGGGUGGAUGUCACCAGACACAACUCUAAUCUGCCCCCGCUGGCUGUGAAGAAUCCAGAGUGUCUUGGAUUGCUUCAUAAAAUGGACAAAAACAAAGACAUGUGGGUACAGCACUACUGUGUUCUGAAGGAUGGUUGCCUCUACUUGUACAGUGGCAUCCGUGCAACUCAUGCGCAAGGUGGGAUCUACCUACAGGGUUACAUUGUACGAGAGCAGCCAUAUGGAUCCAAGAAAUCCACCAUUGAGUUGAAACCCCCAUCUGAUGAGUUCAAGACAUUCUACCUCUGUGCUGAAAAUCCUAAUGAGAAUAAACGAUGGAUCAUCGCUAUCAAAGCUUCAAUAAAGAAUUGGCUGCCUUUACAUCAGGCCCUUCAGGACUACAUGAAUCGACCACCAGAAGAGACCAGAAUGUGAAUGGUACUGACUCACUGGAUGAGCCUCCUGUUUGUAGACUACUACACUCUGGUCUCUACACUCUUUUCAGUCAGGAAAAUGUUGCUGUUUCAGAGAAUUAGUUCACAGUUAUUAGUCCCCUCAAGUUUAUAUCUGCUCAUUUAUAUCCAGCUCAAAGGACAAUAUCUAGUUUGUCAAUGUGUAGAGGGAUGAGCACAAACACGUUACUUUAUAUUGUGCACUUAAUCUCUGUUUUCCUGAGUUGCUUUUC